AAAAACGCUAACACGUGACCCAAUCCCAUCUCCGACUCCUUAGAUCUCCACCUCCUCCACCAUCUCUCCACCUCCACCACCAUGGACCCUCAACCACCACAACAACCUCAACCACCGGCUACCACUCCAAAACUCCGUCUAAUGUGCAGCUACAAUGGCCACAUAAUCCCAAACCCCCACACCAAAUCCCUCUCUUAUUCAGGUGGUGACACCCGCCUCAUCACCAUCCCCACUGGUACCAGCUCCGCCACCGCCACAAACACCACCUCCAACGGUCUCACGCUCUCUUCUUUAAUCUCUCACUUAUCGACAACUCUGAAAAUAACCGUACCAAUCACUCUAAAAUACCAACUUCCACAUCACAAUCUUGAUUCUCUCAUUUCACUUGCCUCUGAUGAAGAUGUCCUUAUCAUGCUUGAUGAGCACCAAAACAACCGUACACCUUCACGUCUUAGAUUAUUCGUGUUUCCAACCAAAUCCAUUUUGAGUCAGCCCGAGUUAAAGGCUAAAACUCAAUUAAAUCACCCAAAGACUGAAACUUGGUUUGUUGAUGCAUUGAAGAAUACAAAGAUUGUGAAUCUUGAGGGUAAUGGUAAUAAUGGUGGUGGGUUCUGUGGAGCUGAGUCCAUGGUCCUGGAAACUUCUUCUUCUUUUGGGUCAACUUCGUCUUCGGUUUCGUUAUCUAAUUUGGGUGUUAAAGGUGGUUUUGUUGAGGAUAAUGGGACUGGUUUGCUGGAUAAUAAGGUUCAAUUGUCAACCCCAGAAGGAAUUUCAAGUGAUCAUGGUGUGGGAACUGCAGUUUGUCAAGAUCCACAGUUUGUGACAUAUCAAGAUCCAGUCGGGGCUGUUACUUCAGUGGAGAAUAAAGUUUCUCUAAUAAAUCCAUUUGAUUCAGAGAGGAAAAUCUCUAAUCCUCCUCCUCUCAUUGGGGUUGAGAUGCAUAAUACAGUUCCCGUUUCUGGGUAUCCAUUGUCAUUACAAUAUGAUCAGUUACAACAGCUGCAAUUUGUUCAAACAGCUGCCCCACAGUAUGUACCCCAGAACACAACUGGUGUAGUGCCAUUGUCUUCUUACUAUGUGAUGAGUUCUCCGGUGCCUCAGCAGCAGGUUUAUUAUCAGAGCAACCAACCUCAGCCGAUAUACCUAGUGCCUGUUGCACAGCCUUACAAUUUGCCUAUGCAAAAUAGUUUGAUGAACACUGCAACUGUUGCUUCUAGUCGCCCUCCCAUACAUCCUGAUUCGUCUAUGUACCCUGCUCAAAUGGUGUACAAUGCCGCUGCUAGUUUACCCGUAGCUGAGUUAACCUCACAAGUUUAUAGAACAAGUUCACCCGUUACUGUACCACAUGUUAAAAAUCAGAAACAAGGUGGAGGGCCUCCUCAAAUGAAUCACCAAGGUCAGCCCAUAUGUGCUGCUUCUAUGGAGACUGGUAAACAAAUUGAUGACGAUCCUGUACAUGCCCAAAUAUACAAGUCUCAGCCUCCACCUCCAACUUUGCCUUCCCAGUACCAAACCAUGACCCCAGCCACAACAAUCUUGUUAUCAGAGGCUAUGGCACAGUUAAAUACAGAUAAUAUUAAGCAGAAACAGCCUAGAACCUCACAGCCACAAUGAACAUGAGCUACUGUGAAACAAUUUGGGGAUAACUGUUUGUGGUAACUUGGACUUUCCUUUCUGGAUAUUAAGUUUUGGAAUUAUAGUGUUUUAUUUGUAAUAGAAGUGAUAUUCCAGUCUUUGUACCUUCUGUUUUGUCUUUCUUUUUGUGUAUCACGUUAUGGUGGAUAUUACUUUAAAGUAGGUGUUUAAGAUUAUACAACUAAACUCAAUACAAUUGUAUUUGUGCUCCAACAAUCAGAGUACUCGUUUGUAUACUUUAA